AGUGACACUAGUUAGUAACGGGGAAAGAUGCAAAGAGAAACAAUAGUGUUGUACCCAGCCCCAGGAAUAGGGCACAUCAUUUCCAUGGUGGAGCUAGCAAAGCUCAUCCACAAACACCAUUUCUCCACCACCAUCCUCCUCACCACCGGCUUCAGGGACCACCCCUCCAUCGACGCCUACAUUCGCCGCAUCUCCGCCGCACACUCCUCCAUCUUCUUCCACCGCCUCCCCCACACCGCCGCACCAACCGCCGCCAUCAGCCCCGCCGCCAAUUUCUUCAGCUUCAUCAAAAGAAACGCCCCCAAUGUAGCCACCACGCUCACCCAAAUCUCGGAAUCCGCCACCAUCAAAGCCUUCGUAAUCGAUCUCUUCUGCACCUCCGCAAUGGAACCAGCUUCUUCCAUGCAAAUCCCCGUCUACUACUUCAUCCCCUUCAGCGCCGCCGGUCUCGCGCUCUUCUCGUGCUUUCCGAAAAUCCACGAUGACACGAGCGCGUCGUUUAAGGAUAUGGUCGGGGUGGAACUGCGCGUGCCGGGUAACGCGCCGCUGAAGGCAGUAAACAUGCCGGAACCCAUAUUGGAUAGAAACGACCCUGCGUAUUGGGACAUACUGGAGUUCUGCACGCACAUCCCGAAGGCGCGUGGGAUAAUAGUUAACUCGUUUCUGGAGCUUGAGCCUGUAGCGGUGAAGGCCCUAGCUGAAGGCGCGUGCUUCCCAAAUCCAACACGUGCUCCUUCUGUUUACUAUAUUGGACCCCUCAUCGCGGAACCUCAACAUUCAGAUGCAGCUACGGACAAUAAACAAUGUUUAUCAUGGCUGGAUGAACAACCACAUAGAAGUGUGGUGUACCUGUGUUUCGGAAGUGGGUGGGUUUGUGACUCAAGAAAUCAAGAAAAUUGUAAACAAACUUGCAGCAAUUGGGUCACCUUUGAAUACAGCUGAGCACAUAGAAGGUAUUUUUGAUAAAUUAUCGAUCCCUUUAUCACUUCUGUUCUUAUAAGAACCGAAGAAUACUCUGUUGAGCAAAUUGAAGCUCUAUUGAUGGCGCAAGAAGAACGAUUGGAAAAACACAAAGGAAGUGAAAGUGUUCCUCUUCAAGCCAAUCUGGCUCAAGGCAGUUUCAAUACAAAAAAAAAAAAUCUCGCAA